AUGGGAAAGCACAACGCCAACAAAAACGCGGAUGCCGCUCUUGCAAGACUCGGCUACCAAGCCGAGCUUCCAAGAAACCUGAGCAUGUUGAGCGUAAUGGGACUUUCUAUGGCCAUCAUAGCAACGCCAUUCGGGCUGUCUGCAACACUCUCCUUGGCACUGAUUGAUGGACAGUGUGUGACCAUUUUCUGGGGAUGGCUGUUGGUCACACUGAUUUCGAUAGCAAUCGCAGCAUCGUUGGCUGAGGUGUGCUCUUGUUAUCCAACAGCCGGUGGAGUUUAUUAUUGGUCAGCAAUUCUUUCCACGAAAAAAUGGGCUCCUCUGGUUUCCUUCGUCGAUGGAUGGCUCACGCUCGUCGGCAAUUGGACUUGCACCCUGAGCAUCAAUUUCUCGGGGGCUCAGAUGAUUCUCAGCGCUAUCACGCUCUGGAAUGAGGAAUACGUUCCGACGGCAUGGCAAACCAUCCUCAUGUUUUGGGCUGUGAUGAUCCUCCAUGCAUUGGUCAACGUGUUCUGCUCAAAAUACCUCGAUCUCAUUAAUAAGGUGGCGAUGUACUGGAUAGCCACAACAGUGAUCGUCAUUUUAGUGGUUACGCUGUCCAUGGCUGAUCACAAGAACGAUGCUGCUUAUGUGUUUGGCCAUUAUGACGCUUCAGCUAGUGGCUGGCCGGCAGGGUGGGCGUUCUUUGUUGGCCUUCUUCAGGCUGCGUACACCCUAACAGGGUACGGGAUGGUAGCUGCACUGAGCGAAGAAGUUCAAAACCCACACAUUGAAGUUCCGAAAGCAAUAGUUCUAUCAGUUGUUGGGGCAGGAAUCACCGGCAUCGUUUACCUCUUACCUAUCCUGUUCGUUCUUCCCCCAGUGGAAAUUCUGCUUGCGGUAAAGAAUGGUCAGCCCAUCGGGCUACUAUUCAAGAUUGUUACCGGGUCUGCUGGUGGAGGCUUUGGACUCCUUUUUCUCCUCCUGGGCGUCUGGAUGUUCGCAGGGGUGGGUGCCUUGACGGCAUCAAGCCGUUGCACAUAUGCAUUCGCUCGGGAUGGUGCCAUUCCGGGUCACCACCUCUGGCGGCAGGUUCACAAGGGACUUGACGUACCGCUGCUUGCAGUCCUCCUCUCCACAGUCGUCGACUGCUUGCUGGCACUGAUAUAUCUUGGCUCAUCAGCGGCAUUCAACUCGUUCACGGGAGUGGCGACAAUUUGCCUCUCCGCAUCGUACGGACUGCCUAUCCUGGUGUCUGUCGUGCGAGGUCGGAAUAUGGUUCUGGAUGCGCCGUUCUCGCUCGGUAAAUUUGGUUACACGAUCAACAUUGUCGCCGUCGUUUGGAUCAUCUUAGCAACAGUGCUAUUCUGCAUGCCAACAGCUUUACCGGUUUCUGCAUCGAGUAUGAACUAUGCAAGUGUUGUAUUUACCUUCUUUGCGCUCGUCAGCGUUGUCUGGUACUUUGUAUAUGCGAGGAAGCACUUCAAAGGCCCUCCAGUUGGUGACACCGAAGAAUUAAAGUCUACCUUGAAGGUCAUGAAUGGAGAGUCUCUCGAAGCGGGUAUUGAGGAUCAACUCAAGAAGCAAAACACAGAAGCAAAGUUGGCAGAUGUUUCGGCCACAGGUGAAUAG